UACGCGCCCUAUUUGCACAACCACUGAGCCCUGAUGGUGUCAAAAUCGCCCAAGUGGUUAACACCCCGGAAAACAAAAGGGAGCAUAAUUAACCCAUCAUGUCGGUCGGCGGACAGCUGACAAAGGAAGAAGCAGCUUGUCAACUGGCUCGCAACUGGAAGCAGAAGGGCUGCUCAGUGUCUGCUAUGGGGGAUGUAGACGACGCUCUGACUAGCCUACAUUGGCUGCAGAAUCUGAACCUGAUGAAUCGCAUUGGCGCACCGACACCACCGACGCCUCCCGCAAGUCCUCCUCCAACGCAUAGUAGCGAUUCACCCAAAGGAACUGCCAUAAGAUGCUGCUCUGAACCUGCUGAAGAAGCCGUUGAUUACCGAAGCAGUAGCAGCAGCAAACCUCCUUACUCGUACGCUACGCUCAUCUGCAUGGCCAUGAAAGCUAACAAAAAUAAAAUGACCCUCAGUGCCAUUUACAAGUGGAUACGGGAAAAUUUUCUCUACUACAGGAAUGCAGAUCCAAGUUGGCAGAACUCCAUCAGACACAACCUUUCUUUGAACAAAUGCUUCGUGAAAGUUCCACGAAGCAAAGACGAGCCGGGGAAAGGUGGAUUUUGGCGUCUGGACCCGGUGUACGCCGACUCCCUCAUCGAUGGAGUGUUCAAGAAACGUCGCAGUGCCACCAGUCGCUCCACAGUUCCACCAAAGCGUGCUCGGCGUGCACAGCAGCCUGCACUCCAAAGCUCGACCCAGGGAAGCAGCCCAGCUGUGAUCGUGGAACAUGUGGACCCUGCAGCAGUUGUCGUCAUGGAUUCCUCCAUGGUAACUGCAGCACAGACCAUAGACGAUGUGUGUGACUUGAGCGAUCCUCUGAAGGCAGACCUGUCGUGGAUUUUGACUGAGAACGACCUGGACCUCGAUCAGUUAAGAACGGAAACGGCCGUUUUACAACUCGAGGAAGAUUUGUUUGGGACGGACAACCUCGCUGUGUCCUCUAGUGCGGAUUGGUGGACGGGCUUUGGGCAAAAUGAAGCCGUCUGCGUGACACCACAAGCGACCACGCAGCAAGGCUUUGGACUUUUGGGUUCGGAACCUGAAAGCCCGACAACUGCGUUUGAGCAACAAGGUGUUGCGUCCUAUGGCGAAGUCUCAGUGUCCACUGCACCGUGGGCUGACUGCAAAGCUGCCUUGGAAGCUGCUGCGCUAGAACUUGAAACUUAUGCAGAGAUGGACCCGGUGCCCACGUACUGAUUAUUUUUCUUAUGGCCUUCCUGUCAGAGAAAUUAUACUGAAAGUAACUGCGUGGUCAUUGGUAUUACAAACUGCAGAUGUUUCACUGCAUGUAGCGGAUUUCCGCUUGCUCCGCAAAAUCUUGCUCCAUCUUCUCCAAUUACUCCAUUAGCUGCUACCAUUUGACAUUAGCUGGUCGACACUGUACGAUUGUAGACUGCAUGUCCACAAUCGCGUGCUGGCUUCGGGAAAUCUUGGUUUGUCACAACAUAAGCACACAACAGGCUCAUGUUUGAUUGUGGUACACUCAGCGACUGUGCUCAGCGCAGAAUGAAUCAGAAUUGUAUCUCGCACGGCGGCAAGCGGGAGAUCCUUACAAUGACGAGUCCUGUCUUACAGUAGGGUGAUUUCAUGCCGAAUCAGGCAGGGUAGUCCGGUCGACAUCUCAGAUUUUUUCUUUCAAACAUAUAUCAAAGCCUAGACCCUAGGAAGCAUAUAUUUAGGAGUGAAACUAUUUGAAAAUAAUUGCUAGUUAUUUUUCAUUCAGAUGCGGACGUUUCGACAACAGCGCUUCCUUGUUUGACGCCAGUAUUUUCAUAACUAUUCAACAUCCAGUUGAUUAUAUAUAUUGAAAAGUUAAAGUUGUGGUCGGAUGGCUACGUAAUUAUAGUGAACGUUGAGAUAAAUGGGAGACAGAAGACAAAAGUAGGGGAAGUAACAAAAGAGGGUCUAUUAAAACUUACGUCAUAAAAGCUAGGGGCGACGUCCACGUUGCGGCGGAAGCUCCGCCUUCGUCAGGACGAAAUAGCUAAAUGUGGCCACGAGGAUGAUAAAGGGCUUUACAAUGAGUUAUAUACAGGGUGUCCCAGCUAAAUGCGAACAUAUCUUUUUAAAAAUAUAUAUAUAACUUUCUCCGAGAUGAAACAAACUGCAAUAUAGUAAAUGCUGAAGGGCACUCCUUAGGAGGGCAAUAGCAAACUCCCAAGGCAAUGUCUUAAUUAACUUUCAAUAAUUAACCUUUUAAUUAUAAAAGCAACGAAGUUGUCCCAAUGACAACAUCUUGUACCUUCGGUCACCUGAUACCGGAGCAGAUUUCAGAAAUCCGUUCGAUACCGCAAAAAAUUCGUGAAGGAACACCAUUUUUUCCUUUAUUUUGUUCAUUGCGCAUCUUCGGGGACGAGUCUUUCCAUCUCCCCCAAUGCAAUGCGACCGACUACUGACAGUAAGUGAAAAAAAAAAGAAAGAACCACUGAAUUUGAUGGAAGGGAACCCCGAGACAAAGGAAGACGUACACAGAACAACAAACUAUUGUUCGAAUUUCUGAAUUUGUUGUCCUGUGUACGUCUAUUCCUUGUCUCAGGCUUCCCUUCCAUCAUGUACAAACAGCUAGCUUGCACCUUAUCUCUCCUUCAGCUGAAUAUAUUGAAUCGUUAUGAAGAUAGAUGCAUCAAAUUUCAUUGGAAGCGCUGUGGUCGAAACGUCUGCAUCUGAAUGAUAAUUAAUUCAAAAAUAACCACCAAUUAUUUUCAACUACUUUCACUGCCAAUAAGCUUCCAAGGGACUAGGCUUUGAUAUAUGUUUUAAAGAAAAAAGUCAGAGAGGGCGACCAGACCACCCUGCCUGAUUUUGUGUUGUCAUCCAGUAUUUAUAGUAACAGAGUAGACCUAUAUGUAAGGUAGAGCUGGUCGGAUCAUUUCGAAAACCUGGGGAUAGGACACGCGCCUGAACUCUGUGACACGGUGCUGGAUCCAAUGUGUACGAUGGCCACUCAAAACAAUUUCCUAUUUCUUACGUACAGACCUGGAAAGAUUUGCUUUGAUGCUUGGGCAUAGCAUGCGGUCCUUUCCAGCUCACUGACAAAUUAUUUUUCAACGUGCUCUUCACACUACAUUGUGAAUGCUUCUAAUUCAAAUCAAAUGCUCAAGCGUACAAACUGUGUGUUUUGCAACUGGUACCCAUCAUUGUGUGCGAUACAAAGUGCAUCCGGGAAUAUUUUUGUCAACACCAUCACCUCGUACGAAAACAGUGCUCUUUCAAAAGAUUUGGCCUAGCCUUCUACUUAGUGAUGUAAGGCAAGCAUGCUAGUCAUUGUGUCUCUCUGUACAGAACAGCCUUGUGCAACCUUAUAUACUCUAAGUGUUCCUGAUGUAGUGUCGACGGUUGGACCUGUACAUAAUAUACUAUAAUACUCGGAG